UUUAAUAAAAUCCUUAAAAAAGUUGUAGAUUUUCUCAGUAUUUUUAAAAAGUUACGAUUCGUAUUAUAUAAAUUCUAAAGAAAUUUUUCAUAAAUAUAAAUCAAAUUUAUAAAGAUAAAAUCCUACAAUGCAGACUUCUAAGGGACGUUCUAAAGAUGGUCAAAAGGAUAAAAAUAUUUUAAGAUGCCUUGAGGACGUUUCUGGAAUAAAGUGUGCUGUGUGGGAUAACAAGCUAAUAAAAUGUAAAAUGGUUUAAACCUAGCUGUAUUGACAUCCAUUAUAGGCAUAUAAUAUUAGCAGUCCAGCGAAUAGCUAAUAUUGGAAAUACGUUGGCAGAACUAUGAAUUGCUAAUAUUGGCAGAACGUUGACAGCCCAUAUGAAUUGUCAAUAUUGAUAACUCAUUAACAUUCAAUGAAUAGCCAAUAUUGGAAAUGUAUUGGCAUUUCUAUCAAUAUCCAACGUUAACAAUGCAUUUCUUUUAGCAGUCAAUAAUGACAGCGCAUUGACAACUCUAUUACAAAUAUUAGCAGUGCAUUGGUCGCUCUGCGAAUAGUCAAUUGGCAUCUCUUAUAAAUUACCAAUAUUGACAGAGCGCAUUGGUUUAUUAUGAAUCAAAACUUUUGUAAGAAAUAGUGAAAGAGUCUACAUUUUUUUUUUAUAAUUUUUCGUAAAUUAUGCAGUGAAUUCUGAAAUAUUCUAAGAUUCGUAAAAAAUCUAAGAAAUUUUCUAAAAUGCUAUAAAAUUAUACAGAAAUUUGUAUAUAGUCAACAUUGGUAUGUAAUAUUAUUGAUUGCGAAAAUCUAUAGUGUUUUAACUGUCUUAUUCUUUUCCGGAUAUUUUCUAUACAGAAAAACAAUUAUUAAAAAUAAUUAUUUUAUAAAUAAACUGAAUAAAAAUUUAGAUAGCAAAGUACAGAGUUGUUUUACAAAGAACGGUUUUAUAGUUCGUUCACUACGAAUACCGCAUUCCUGUAUACGUGUAACGUUAAUCAGGACGCUGUUGCAAAAAUAUACACAGGAAACAGCGAAUGUUUUUGCGCGGUCGCAGCAUAAAUCUUUCGAUUGCACGUUUCCAUUUCUACAAUCCGACAUCCAUAAAAAAGUAAAAUCGCCGGAUAUUUAUUGAUAUUCCGAAGUAAUGAGUUUCAUUAUACAUUCAGUUGAUAGUUUAUUUUGUCCAUUACUUGUCAAGAGGCGAGAAAAAUCAUCAGCAGCUUCAUUCAGAAAACAACAAUAAACAAGACGGACUCUCAAGACAUAACAUAUCAAGAAUACUACAAUGUGCGAUUUUUACACAACGAAACCAAUAUUAUUACGCUUAGAAUGUAUCUUUCAAAAAAGAAUAAAUCUAUGCACUAUAUGCAAAAAGAAUAAUUACAAAUUGUAAGAUGUUUUUUUACGUUAUACUUUUACAUUUUCUGUAAAAAAAGAUAUUACCUACUAAUCCUAUUUAUAUAUUUAUUAAAUAAUGACCGAAAGAAUCCUAGUUUAGUUCAAGACUUUUGACAAAAGAAUUUGUAAAUAAUUAGCAUAGAAAUAAGUUGAAUGAACAUUGUCAAUCAUGUUGUGAAGAAAUAAUUUCAUGUUGUAAAAGUUGCAAAUUCGAUCGACGUAGCCAAGAAAACAAAUAACGAUUCAGGCAGAAAAGACCCACAACCUACAUACAAUCACACAUCUUUAGGUCAACACAAAUCUCUCAAAAUUCUCAGUUAUUUCUUCACAAAACGUAAAAAUGCCAAAACGAUCGAUCUAUUUGCAACCAUUAGAUAAUCUUUAUUGGAGAACUCGACGCGAUCUCGAAUUUCUGUGUAAUUACUGGGACCGUUUGAUCGCCUCGAAUCAAACCUACGAUAUACGUCUUCCUGAUUUGCUGCGCGCUAAUCACUUAAUGAGACACCUAUCCUCCCUGUCCCAUCCAUCAAAUCAAGGAUUGCGAUUCAACAUAAGCUUUACCAUUCUCGACGAUGGCAAUCGCUUGGAACCGGAGGAACCAUAUCAACUAAAUAAUGGGUCGUCUUAUUAUACUGAAUCUCGUAACAAAUUUCACCGAUCGCCAUGUACUAGUAACACAGCCAGAUACAACGAUUUGCUUAAGAAUUAUAUAAGACAUAUAAAUGAAAAUUAUGCAGCGAUCGAGAGGGAAUUGAUGAGGGCCAGAAUAUCACCGUUGGUCGAACGCGACAGAUUUGCGAGAUGCCAGAAUGCGUUUUACAAUCAGCGCGCGGCAACGUGUAAUUGGAACGAAUUUUCUACUGGAAAUCGAACAUAUUCCACGAGAGUUUCUUCGGGGUUACAAGCGAAACAUUUCAAUCCACGGAAAAGAAACAAUCGUCAAUCUUGUGCAUUAUUCGAACACGAAUGCCGCAUUGCUGACGGAAGGAACGGUUGCUCGAUAAAUCAGCAAUCAACAAAACAGAAAGAAAAUUCGCCCGAGGUAAUAAUGGAGUAUUACCAUUUUUGAUUAACGUACAUAUUUUUUUCUAAUAGUAAUAAUUUUGUGUAAAACUAUAAACCUAUAAUAUUUUGAUCUUUAAAUAAAAAUAUCAUGAUAUAAUUCGUUAUAAUCAUAAUUCUUAUUAUAUUUGUGGGUUGCCAAUAAAAAAACAUAUUGCAAUUUAUACAAUAAUAAUUAACAUGCUGUUACACAGUUGCAAAACGAUUUAGUUGUAAUUAACAAUUUUGUAGAAACUUAACA